CUCAUCGUCCUUGACAUCAUUUCUAACUCCGCUUUUUGUGGUGUGACUUUCGCUUUUCUUGUUGCAUUAGUAUUUUAGCAACAAGAUCCUGUUGACUGUCCAAAGCUUCACGCAGUAUAUAUUUUUAUCUAUAUAGAAUUAUACUUUUAGUUUUAAAUUGACUCGGUGUGAGAUGUGGUAUAAGGCCUAAACCGACGAAACGAACGAUUGUUGUGUUGUCUAUCAAGGUGUUAUUCUUGCCUUCAUAGCCAAGUUUUCAUGUUGCAGUUUGAGUAUUACCAUCCUUCACGAUGCAGAAAUAGCAAGUGUAUGUAACUAACAAAGUCAAAAACCUUAUUAGCUAUAGCUAAAUAGUAGUAUGGCACCAAUGUCUUUGUUUUCAAUGCAAGUGAUAAGACAGGUUCAUAGUGUAAAGCUGUGGCUAAAGAUGAAGCCUAUGCCAAGACCACCAUGGCUGGCAAUAUACAGAAAUUGCAGCUCCAUUCACAAGGUCCUCAAACCGAAGAAACCCAAAGGACAAACCCACAAGGUUAAGCAUUUUGUGGACUAUAAGAAUGUGGUGGUUAAAGCAGGCUCUGGUGGUGAUGGCUGCAUGUCAUUUGCACGAGAACCUUGCAAAGAAUGGGCUGGACCAGAUGGUGGUGACGGUGGAAAUGGUGGACAUGUUAUAUUUCAAGCCAGUACAAACUGCAAAUCCCUUGCUCACUUCAAGUCAGUGAUCAACGGUGAGAAUGGAAUUAAAGGAGGGCCCAAAUGCUGUCAUGGCAGAAAUGCAGAGCACACAUAUUUGGAGGUUCCUAUAGGCACCAUUGUGAAAACAGACUCUGGAACUAUUAUUGGUGACCUUGAAAAACAGGGUCAGAUCUGCAUUGUGGCACGUGGUGGUGCUGGAGGGAAAGGCAACCAUUUCUUUUUGUCAAAUGAGGAACGUGCACCAACAAAAGCAGAGGAGGGUGCACAAGGUCAGCUCCUGAGGUUAAAGAUCGAGCUUCGCACUAUGGCACAUGCUGGUUUGAUUGGGUUUCCAAAUGCUGGUAAAUCCACUUUGCUUCGAGCUAUCUCAAGAGCACGUCCAAAGGUUGCAGCAUAUCCAUUCACCACUCUCAAUCCACAUGUUGGCAUUGUUGAGUAUGAUGAUUAUGAACAAGUUUCUGUUGCUGACAUUCCUGGACUGAUCAAAGGUGCUCACAUGAACUAUGGUCUAGGUAUCUCUUUUCUUCGGCACAUUCAGCGGUGUGCCUGCCUACUGUAUGUUCUUGACCUGGCUGCAGAAGAGCCUUGGGUACAACUGGAAGAUCUAAAAUUUGAACUUGAGCAGUAUGAGACUGGCCUGUCUGAAAGGCCUCAUGUUAUUGUUGGCAACAAAGCUGACUUACCUGGAGCAGAAGAAAAGGUGAUGGAAUUACGUAAAAAUGUUCAGCUGCCUGUGAUCGCUAUUUCUGCUAAAUACCGAAGGGGCAUGGAGCCAUUGUUGGACUACUUGUACAUGAUGUAUAAUCAACAUGUGAAGAAAAGUAUUUCACAUUAAAGAUAUUUGAUGUUUU